ACUGGGGGAGAACAAACAAAACAAACGCCACUGCGGCCCUUCGGCGUGCCGCCGUGGCCAGCGCUGUGCAGCCCAAGGGUUCUCCUCGGUGGCGAUGUCGGCGCCGCCGGCGCGGGCGCUCGUCGACCUCGAUGGCGACGUGCUGGCCAACUGCGCCGGCUACCUCGGCGCCCGCGACUUCGCCAGCCUCGCCAUGGCCUGCCGGCCCCUGCGCGCCGCCGCCUACUGCGACGCUGUCUGGUACCGCCUCUUCAGGGAUCAAUGGCCGUUUCAGCAUGUACCUCGUGAAGCUUUGGGGCUUAGAGAAUUAUACAUCCGUAGGCACACUGAAGUACAUCAAAUGAAAUUUGAUGAUCCCCUAUCAUCUAUUUAUUACCUAAAUCCUGCAGAAACAGCACCAAGCCAUCUAAUGAUGGAUAGGAACUACAUCUGGUCGGGUCAGGGUCCGUUAGCCAGAAAAUUGAGUGUUGAUGGGCCACAAGCUGGAGUGGUGGAGACCCACAGGUUUCAUAGUGCACGGAUCACUUGUAUGAGAUUAUUUCCACUGAUUGACACCCCAUUGUGUCGAAGUGAUACACAAACAAAUGAAAAGGCUUUAGUCACUUCAAGCACAGAUAGAACAAUCCUUUUUUGUUGGAAGGGCCACUCACGCUGUUACAAGGGCCAUUCAGGACCUGUCACUGCUCUGGCUGACAAAUUGCUUGUGGAUGGUGAAUCUAAAGUACUUGCAAGUGGAGGGGAAGAUUGCACCGUUCGUCUAUGGUCUAUGAGUACGAGGGCGAAAAAUCACCCUCUAAUAUCAACAUUUCAUGGGCAUGAAAAAACACUGUCAUUUUUAUCUGUUGCUUGGCAUAAAUCAUCCCUGUUGGUGAGCUGUUCCAAAGAUUCAAAGGUUAAAGUUUGGGACACAGUGGCUCCUUCCACUGGCUCAUCAUCAUGUGUAGGCAGUACUCACCUUAACUCAAGUGGUCCACCAAUUGCAAUGAAAUGCCAUGGAUCCCUUUGCUACAUCGCUGCUGGGUCUGAAGUGACAGCGAUUGACUUGAGGACAAUGAAGAAGGCUUCUGUUCUUGCAGUCCGCAACCAUAGGAUACUUUCUUGUGAGAUGCUGCCUUCUGAAUGGUUAAUAUGUACCGGCACGAAUGACAAAUCUCUUCUGUGGGACAUCCGCAAGUCUCAAGAACUCUUAAACACUGUGGCGGAACUGCAUUCGGAUGGCCCUGUGACGCUGCUUCACUUGGAUCCAUACAAGGUGGUGACGGGAGUUGCGUCAGAUGGCCAGGUCCAUGUCUGGGAAACACGAACUGGCAACUUGUUGAACACGUUGAGCUGCGGUUGGCCCGCAAAAUCGGCAGGGCGAGGCACAGUGUCAGCCAUGGCUGUGGACGGGUGCAAGAUCUCCAUGGCAGGGAGCUCUGCAGAAGGCAUCUUCUUGCACUACCGUGACUUUCUGAAGUCCUCAGUUCCUGUAUCCCUGCCCGGCAAGGAGGUCUCCAGGUUUUGGAGACCUCAACAAUUCGGCAAGGAGGAGGAUGACGAUAGCGAGGAUGAAGACCACUAGCCUGAGGUCUCCAGCUUGGCUACCCACAGUUUGUAAAACACGAGAGAAAUGUUUGUAAAUGAGAGUGAUUUUUGAAUCUGCGUAUCCUUUAUGUUAAGAUUAAUAAGUAUCUAUCUCCCCUAGCCUA